AUGAGUAGCACAGGAACGCCAGCGGAAACACCAACCCAUGAAGACUCAGGUUUGUUAAUAGACGUGGAAAAAGAAACUAGGAAGUUAGUUAGGUUGAGAAAUAAGGCUCUCGUCAAAGCUGCCACUUCCUCAGACCCAGAUACAAUACGACGAUAUGAACGUCUUAGAAAUGAUAGAAUCCUCAGAAGUGAAAGAUAUAAGCAGGACCAAAUAGCACAAUGGAAAGAAAAGGGAAGGGUAGAUCUUAUACCGAAGGAUGAUAAUUUUGGUAGAAUGGCAAACCGAUUAGCACAGGCGAAAACUGGAAAUUCAGACAUCACUAGACAACAUAAUGCAAGGUCCCGAUACGUCUUACAAUUAAAGAAAAUUAGGGGAUCCGGGGGAUUCAAGGAUUCGGUAACUCCAUAUGGGUUUCAGAAAUUAUCCAACGAGGGACAGAACUUAGAAAUCGAACCAAUAUCCCCUGUCAUCCAGAAACCUGAGAAUUCUGAAUCUACUGUACAACAUUUGCCCACACCGGGCCAUCAUUCGUUGGCACCACCACCACCACCACCAACAUCACAGCAUUUUUCUUCUAUUAAUCCUACAAUCCAAUCUAAUUCUGGUCCUAACCAAACCUUCGUACCCCCAUUCCAGUUGUCAUUUGCAUUUCCCCUUUCAGCACCACCACCACCUCCUCCUCCGCCAUUACCACCACCGCCGCAACCCGUGGCUGUAGGAGUGAUACAGCCUAAAAAUAACCGUAGAAAGGCUAGGAAAAGACCCAAGAUUGAAUAUUAA